GCGUACUUCAGAGAGAUAUGCGAGUUCAUGAGCAUUCCUAAUUCAGCUCCCAAAAGGUUUGUUCAGCAUCUCUGGCUAUCGGCUUAUGAUGUUGCCAUUAGCACCCAGAGGCUGCUUCCUGCCUACAAGGUUCUUUACUAUGGCUUUAUGGACAGGGAAGACAAGGCCCUCUACAAGGACCUCCUGAGGCAGCUUUUUGCCACUUACAAAGUGAGCGAAAAGGCACAGACACAGAUUCUGUCCUUUCAUGAGGACCUCAGCAAAAAAGGAAUGACCCAGCUGGGAAAAGACCGGAAGAAGAGGGUGGUUAGGAAGGUGUGGCAUGAAGCCACCAUAACUGAGCUGCACCUCAGUGUUUAUACAGGAGUGCUACCGAUCCUUAAAGAAUAUGUCAUGGUUUUCCAGGGCAGUCAGACACUUGUUCAUAAACUGCAUGACAAACAGCUUCAAGUCUUUACCAACUUCCUUGCCUGCUUUGUCAAAUCUGAACACCUGAACCUGAUGCCCAAAUGUCUGGCUACCAUGGAAUUGGACAACAAACUGCUGCCUGUGAGUGAGAUGUUUGUGGGGCGGGAGGCUAAUCAAUUCAGAGUGGCACAUCCACAACACCCUCUGCUAAAGCCAUUCCUGGAGAAAGUCUCCCGGGCAUACAUCACGUGUGCCAGGUACCUGCAAAAAAAGUUGCCACUGCAGAGCAAGACCCUCCAGUGUUUGUCGGCCAUUGACCCAAUACUGAGAGGGCACUCUCAAACUGGGUCUGAACUGAGGAAACUCACUGCUAUGAUGGAUCACCUGCUGCCUGAUGUUGACACACACCAGGAAAUUCUUCAGUACAACGUAGAUCAUUCCCUGCCCAGCUUCCAAGAUGGAGAUGAUGUUGUGAGAUGGUGGGCCUGUGUCGACGAAACUGGAAAAUAUCCAGGCCUGUGUCAGGCAGUGAAAGCUGCAAUGUCAAUAUUCCAUGGCCCAUUAGUUGAAUCUUCUUUUAAUAUAAUGGGCAACAUCAUUGACCAGAAAAGUACGAGCAUGAACAUGACCACAUUCAGCGCUAUCCAGACUGUCAAAUAUACUCUACAGAACAGAAAGCUGAGUGCGGUGGACAUGUUCAGCCGUGAUGAUCCUAAAUUUGAGCCAGUAGAUAGAAGGCUGUGUGGGAACAUUAUUUCAGCUGGAACCAGAGACAAAGCCCAACGGCAGCAAAAGCAGCUGAAAGUCAGUGAAAGGAGGGUGGAGUUUGGCUGCCAGCCAUCCACUAGUGCUGCUGUAAAUAGGGCACAAAUGGUGGAGGAAGAAAGUGUGGCCCGAAAGAGGCACAUGGCAAAACAGAGAAAACGAGCCCUUGAAAGGCUUUCCCAGGCCAAAAGAGUAAAAAAAUGAGAAAAUAAUUUACCGUUCACCAGUUGUAAUGUUGUUUUAUAGCUGUGUUAAUAAAGGUUGUUUUACCUGAAGAAAA